AUGAAAAAGAAGGGUGGCGUUCUGCGGAACCUAGUAGGUGAAUUAAGGAGAGUGGGGCAGAGAUGUGACUGGGGGAUAGUGGUGGUGGCGUCUGGCACCGCGGAGGAGGGUGGCGCGGCGGCGGUGGCUGCUGUUUGGGGGCAGGGAGGGAAAGGUAGGUGUAAUGGGGGUAUGGGGGGAAAUAGGGGAAGGAAGGGGGCGUGGGUGGUGCUAGGCGGUGACGGCGGCGCGGUGGUGGUGAUUGUGAAGGGGGGCAGUGGCGGUGGAGGGUGGAAGAAGGAGGAAGAAGAAGAAAAAGGGGGGAAAAGGGGGGUGGGUGGCGGCGGGGUCUGGGUGGUUGGCGGGGUAGCGGCCGUUCGGUGA